CGCACUACAUGAUUUUCACAUGACGCUGUUUAUGUAACACGACCCUCCAAUUAGUCAAACAAUACAGGACUUGGGGUCGAGGUCGUAUCCGAGUGUAGGAUGUGAUCGAAUCUUCGAGUAAAGGAUGUGAUCACGUUUCAUGUUGCACGGUUUAAAGGGAUAGUUGGAUUGCCAACUUUUUCUACCCCACCACAAUCGAGUAAAUUCUUGAAGUGUAAAGCUGUGAUUUGUCGGACGCGGAGUGAUGUCAUUCACGCACAGAUAUGUGGGUUACAAGCCUAGAAAUGUCCAUAUGGGGUUAUGACAUGCGUGCUGGUAAGAGAAGGGAAGCUUAAUAUCUGUGCAGCAGGUACAGGAGAGAGAGAGAGAGCGUCACUUCACCUCCUGCACAAUGAAGCGCUCGGAGUUCCACAAAGCUGCAGUUGCGGCUCUCCUCACUUUCUGUACACACGUAAAAUCCAUCCCUUUAGAGUGUGAUCCAGAGUACCUGUGGUUUCAGGAGGAGAUGAAUUGCAACAACAUCAUCCACCAAGACAAUUUUACACACACUAACUCUACAGGCUGCAGUGGAUUAUGGGAUGAUGUGAACUGUUGGCCUCAUGCAGAGGUUGGAGAUGUGAUCUCUAAACAGUGCCCCAUGUUCCUCAGGGUCAAAGGAACUGUAAGGAGAAAUUGUACAGAGAAUGGGUGGUCUGAUCCAGUCCCACCAUACAUGCUGGCCUGCGGAUCCAUGAAUGGCAUAGUGCACCCUCCCUCAGACAUGAUGGUGGCAUCACAUGAGUACUUCAUGUGGGUAAAGAUCAUGUACACAGUGGGGUACAGCAUCUCAGUGAUCUCCCUCACCAUUGCUUUCAUGCUGCUGUGUGUGUUCAGAAAGCUCCACUGCACUCGGAAUUUCAUCCACAUGCAGCUCUUUCUGUCCUUCAUUUUGCGGGCUGUUUUCAUUUUCAUCAGAGAUGCAGCGUUACACAACUCACAGGAUUAUUACCACUGUGAAUCCCACCCGCUUGGCUGUAAGGUCGCACUGAUUUUCUCUAACUAUGGCAUACUGGCUAAUUAUAGCUGGCUGCUGGUGGAGGGUCAUUACUUGCACAGCCUCAUCCACCUGUGCCUACAUUCACCAAGAAAACGCCUGCACUGGUACAUCAGCUUUGGAUGGGGCACUCCUAUGCUCAUCAUCAUCGUGUGGAGUGUCGCCAAAUAUCUGCAGGAGGACGAGGGGUGUUGGGAGACAAGAAGCAGAGGCUGGAUCUGGUGGAUUCUGAGAGUUCCUGUGAUCCUGUUCAUUACAGUGAACCUCCUGUUUUUCCUGAGAAUCAUACAAACAAUAAUAAGCAAGAUGAGAGCUCCUGACAUGAUUGGAAAUGAGUUUAAACAGCACAAGAAGCUGGCCAAGUCCACACUGCUGCUAGUGUCACUGUUUGGUGUGCAGUAUGCCCUCUUCACAUUUUUCCCUGAUGGAAUCAACAUCCUCACCUUCCAGAUUUGGAACACCAUCGAGCUCGCCCUGGCCUCCACACAGGGCUUCGUAGUAGCACUUCUAUACUGCUUCCUGAAUGGAGAGGUUCAGCAUGAGAUUACGCGGCGCUGGCGACGGUGGCGUCUAAAGCAGCGUGUCCAUGGCGACGCCAGAUUGCACCAUGGUUCCCUUAGCCAAAGUGGCAUACCACUCACACAGAUCUCUCUCUUAGCCAGAGUUAAUAACAUAUCCUAACAAACUUACAGCAGACCAUAACACAGUCAAACUCAAUAAAAUAUUAUAUACACAAUCUACUGUAAAGCAAAAAAACAUUAGCUCUUACUAAUUACAAACAUGUCCAAAUAGCUCAAACGAUAAACAUUAACAGUCUUAGUGUAGUCUGACUGCAAGAUUCAAUAUGGGUGAAAGAAGAUUGUUUUCUCUCAUGUACUGUACACACACACACACACACACACACACACACACACACACACACACACACACACAGUUCCAGUUGCAAUGUUUUCAGUCUGUUAACAGAAUCAUAGUUGACUGAGUAGUACAAGCAUUUCACGAGUCUACUUAAAACACUGCAAUAUAAGGAAAAUGUUUUAUGCUAUAUUUAUAUGAUACUGUAAAAUGGCUUUAAAGCUACCAACAGCACAGUUUAAAUAAAUGGUGGAUUAUUCAGUUUUCUUAAACUUGGGUUAUAUUAUGUGAUACUAUAAAUUUACAAUGUUUUUUUGCAAACUGCAGAAAAAACUUUUUUGUUUUAAAACAUUUUAAAAAACUGUCUCCACUAAACUGAACACUCCAAACAAUAUAUUGUUUAAAUUAAAUUAUCUUGGAUCAUGUUCCACCGUCAAUGUUUACUACAGUUAUAAUGAUUAAUUCAUAGCUAAGGGCUCGUUUACAAAAGAGAAUUUUCUCAAAGCACUUCUCCCAGGGAAGAAAACAAACCACUAUCCUUGAGUUUAAAUACCAUUUAGCUUGAUGUGUCUAUAUCCACAGGUGCAUCUCAAAAAAUUUUAAUAUCAUGGAAAAGUAAGUUUUUUCCAUAAUUUUAUUCAAAAAGUGGAACUUUCAUAUAUUCUAGAUUCAUUACACAUAAAGUGAAAUAUUACAAGCAUUUUUUGUUUUAAUCUUGAUCAUUACGGCUUACAGUUCAUGGAAAUAAAAGUGUCUCAAAAUAUUAGAAUAAAGAAUUUAUAAUACAGAAAUGUCGACCUGAGAAGAGCUCUAAUCAGCUAAUUAAUGCAAAACACCUGCAAAGGUUUCCCAAGCCUUUAAUCUCUGUUUGGUUCAGUACACAACCACAAUCAUGAGGAAGAUGAAGGUAAAUUUUGCAUUUCAUUUGGAAAUCAAGGUCCCAGAGUCUGGAGGAAGAAUGAAGAGGCACAGAAUCCAAGUUGCUUGAAUUCAAGUGUGAAGUUUCCACGGUCAGUGAUGAUUUCAGGUGCCAAAACUACUAGUAACUGGUUUGCUGACCAUGGUGUUACUGUGCAUGAUUGAACAGACAUCUCACCUGACCUGAACCCCAGAGAAAAUCUAUGAGAGACUCCAGACCCAACAAUACAGACGAGCUGAGGGCCACUAUCAAAACCACCUGCUUCCAUCACACCUCAGCGGUGCCACAGGCUGAUUGCCUCCAUGCUACGCCGCAUUGAUGCAGUAAUUCGUACAAAAGGACUAAAGCCCCGACCAAAUAUUGAGUGCAUAAAUUAACAUAAUGUUCAGAAGGUCGACAUUUCUGUAUUAUAAAUGAUGUAUUCUAAUAUUUUGAGAUACUGGAUUUUUGAUUUCCAUGAGCUGUAAGCCAUAAUCAAGAAUAAAACAACAACAACAAAAAAGGUUUGAAAUAUUUGACUUUGUGUAAUGUAUCUACAAUAAAUAAAUUACGGGAAAAAAUUAACUUUUCCACAAUAUUCUAAUUUUUUUUAGAU